AUGAUGAUGAUUGUGGCAGCCUUGUUGACUGUUCUUAUAACUCUGCUGUUGAAGUCUGCUUUUGAUGCCAUCUCAUGGUACUUGCUCACCCCACUACGCAUCAAGAGAAUCAUGGAGAAGCAAGGUGUGCGUGGCCCAAAACCCCGUUUUCUCACCGGCAACAUUCCAGACAUGGCCUCCCUUGUUUCAAGAGCUGUUUCUCAAGACAUGAAACACAUUAGCCACGACAUUGUUGAUCGCAUUAUGCCCCAUUUUGUUGCAUGGUCCAAUAAAUAUGGGAAGAGAUUUAUAUAUUGGAAUGGAAUAGAGCCAAGGCUAUGCCUAACAGAUACAGAAUUGAUCAAACAGUUCUUGUCAAAAUACAAUUCUGUAAGCGGAAAAUCAUGGCAACAACAACAGGGCACUAAACAUUUCAUUGGGAGAGGAUUGUUGAUGGCUAAUGGUAAAGAUUGGUACCAUCAACGUCACAUGGUUGCUCCUGCAUUCAUGGGAGAGAGGCUCAAGGAAUUUGGAGGGCACAUGGUGGAAUGCACCAAGGAGAUGAUCCAAUCAUUGGAGACUGCUUUGCAGUUUGGAGAAUGUGAGGUGGAGAUUGGAGAGUAUAUGACUCAACUCACUGCUGAUAUUAUCUCAAGGACUGAGUUUGGUACUAAUUAUAACAAGGGAAAGCAAAUAUUUCAUCUCCUUACAAAGCUUCAGAAACUUGUUGCUCAAGCCACUCGCCAUCUUUGCGUCCCAGGAAGCAGGUUUUUUCCUAGUAGCUAUAACAAGGAGAUAAAGAUGUUGAAGGUGGAAGUGGAGAAGCUGUUGAUGGAGAUCAUAGAAAGCAGAAAAGAUUGUGUUGAGACAGGUAAAGCGGAUUCAUUUGGGAAGGAUUUGUUGGGUAUUCUUCUAGAAGAGAUGCAAAACAAAGGUGGGAGCAUGAAGAAUUUGCAAGUUGUUAUGGAUGAAUGCAAAACGUUCUUCUUUGCUGGGCAUGAAACAACAGCAAUAUUGCUGACUUGGACCACCAUGUUGCUAGCAAGCAAUCCACAGUGGCAACAAAAAGUCAGAGAUGAGGUUAGGAAGGUCUUCAAUGGGGAAACUACUCCUCCCAUGGAUCAACUAUCUAAGCUUACUGUGUUAAACAUGGUUAUUAACGAAUCAAUGAGGCUGUAUCCUCCAGCAACUGUGCUUCCAAGAAUGGUGUUUGAAGACAUUGCAUUAGGUGAUCUUUACAUCCCUAAAGGCUUAUCAAUUUGGAUUCCAGUGUUAGCUAUUCACCAUAGCCAAGAACUUUGGGGCAAAGAUGCAAAUGAAUUCAACCCAGAAAGGUUUGCUUCAAAAUCAUUCAUGCCUGGCCGGUUCCUACCAUUUGCCUCUGGCCCCAGAAAUUGUGUUGGACAAUCAUUUGCCAUUAUGGAAGCCAAGAUUAUUUUGUCCAUGCUUAUCUCUAAGUUUAGCUUCACCAUUUCAGAUAACUAUAAGCAUGCACCUGUGGUUGUUCUCACAAUUAAGCCUAAGCAUGGUGUUCAACUUUGUUUGAAGCCCUUGGAUCCAUAA